ACUCAGAGGGAUGGUGUUUUCAUUGUUGUUCAAACAACCACAAUCGACCACAUCCUAUUUCCUCUUCUCUGACUUUAAUAAGUUCCAGUGAAAGUAAGGCUAUUGUCAGUGGAGCAGCAGAACUCUUGCUGACACCACACUCAUCACCAUGGCGCUGCACAAUACCUGGGUGGUCCUGAUGCUGGUCCUUAGCCUUCGGGGUCAAGUUCAAACAGGGAAAAUCUUUGGGGGACGCCCAGCUGUCCCUCAUAGCAGACCCUACAUGGUGCUUUUGGAAUUGAAAACUUUCCAGGGAACCACCAUAUAUUGUGACGGCUUCCUGAUCAGCGAUCAGUUUGUGGUGACAGCUGCUCACUGCCAGGCCCGUAUCUAUAACGUCUAUGUAGGUCUUCAUAAGUUCAAGAAUGAUCAAACUCCGAAGGCCAUUCAAGUGAGUCAAGCAAUUCCACAUGAGGACUACAAUGAAAAACCAAUAUCAAACGACUUAAUGCUACUGCAGUUAAGUGAGAAGGUAAACGUCACAGAGCAUGUCAGACCGAUUAAUUUAGCAAGCCGAGGUGAUCAUCUGCCUCAACGCUGUAUAGUCUCUGGCUGGGGAUUUAGCGAAGAGAAUCCCACCAAGAUGGCCAGCGAGCUGAGGGAAGUUAAUGUUACCCUUGUGAAUCAUACACUCCCUGCUGAUCGCCAUGUUUACUCCUCCCUUGGAGAAAGCGGACCUUCCAAUGGAGACUCUGGCGGUCCACUUGUUUGUGACGGUGAAGUGGCGUACGGUGUUGUGUCAGGCGGCACAAAGAACUUCAAACUGUACACUAAAAUCCCAGACUAUCUUGGUUGGAUUUUAGGCCACAUGAGGAAAAAGUGACACCAGAAUGUCAUCGUUAAUUUGCUCGUGCUUUGUGAACCUUGUUGAUGAAUAAAUCGCUGUUCCACACA